CACGCCAGUACCACCGUCCAGUGCCAAGGUGAGCCCAGUGCCGUGCCUUUAGCUUUCGAGGACGUUCCUUUAACCUUUUCUGAGGGUCAAUUUAACGUGCCGCCUUGACCUGCCGUGACCUACCGUGACCUGAGCAACAUGACCAAGAUGGAGGUGGUGGCGAGAGCGUCUGAGGAGCAGCAGCACACGGCAGACGGGGCGGCGGUGUGCGUGGAGGAGGACAGAGUGUAUGUGGGGGCAGAGGAUGGGAAGCUUAAGGUAUACAACCACCACACUAUGGAGUUGGUGCAGGAGGUGACAGCCCACGAGUAUGCCAUCACUGACCUCCUGCUGUUGGGCGCCUCUCUCUUCAGCGCCUCCGCGGACGCCACAGUGAAGGUGUGGGACUCCGCCACCCUCACUCUGCGCACCACCGCUCCGCCGCACGAGGAGGCCGUCAGGAAGAUGGCCACGAAUGGAGUGCAUGUCUUUGCUGGAGAUGAUAAGGGGGAUGUUCGCCUCUACGACGUGGACGGGCGGUGUAGGGGCGCGCACUCCAUGGUGGAGGAGGUGUGGGCGCUGCACGCUCAGGAGGACCUCUUGUACACCGUGAGGGACCGAGGCAUCACCAUCUCCAGGCUGAGUGGCACCUCCAACAAGUCAUCAGUAGUGGAUUCCUGGGAUGGAAGGGCGCCCAUGGUAGUGAGUGGAGAGUACCUGGUGUGCGGGGACGCCGGGGGGAUGAGCCUGGUGGUGCGGGAGAACAAGACGAAGAGCGGGAAGGAGCUAGGAUUACUGCAGGGACACGAGAUGAUCAUAACAGCCCUGGCUAAGUGUGGCGAGGGCAGGGUUGUGUCUUCAGGUUACGACAACUCUCUCAAGCUGUGGGACCUGAAGGGGCUGAAGGAGGUGGCCUCGUGUCCCCUCCCCGGGUGUCCUGGGGCGCUGGCUGCCUCUGAGGACGGGUGUAUCUUUGCAACGGGCAGUGGUGGCUAUGUCUGCAAGGUGAAGGUGGUAUAGAAGGGGUCACAAGAUGUUAUAAAGGUGUUGCCUUGUGGUUAGGUUUGUGUGUGUGUUUGUGUGUGUGUGCGUGUGUGUGUGUGUGUGUGUGUGUGUGUGUGUUAGGUUGGUUUGAUAGGUGUCUUUUUUCCUUUUUUUUUCUUUUUUCUUAUCUGUUUUUGUUAUCUCUCUCUCUCUCUCUCUCUCUCUCUCUCUCUCUCUCUCUCUCUCUCUCUCUCUCUCUCCUCUCUCUCUCUCUCUCUCUCUCUCUCUCUCUCCUCUCUUGUCUAUUCGUAUUUUUUUCAGUUUUUGUCUAUUUUCUCUUUUUUUUUCGUCGACUGACUGACUGACUGACUGAUUGACUGAGUGAGUGACUGACUGACUGAGUGACUGACUGACUAAAUGACUGAGUGACUGAGUGACUGAAUGCCUGGUUGACUGCCUGACUGACUGGACUGCCUGGUUGGCUGCCUGACUGACUGAGAGACUGGCUGCGCAAAUGACCAACUGAGAGAGUGGUUGACUGACUGAUUGAUUGGUUAGCUUUUGUCUUAUCGCCAGCAUCGUUAAUUAAUAUGGCAGUUUAAUUAAGAAAAGUUGUAUUUUCUUUCAUAAUUAAUGUAAUGAGAGUAUUUUUAUUCAAUUACUCUGAAAACGGAAGAGUUGCUGAUUCAACGAGUUAAUUAUUUAUCUUUUCAUUAUAUUUGUCUAUAUUUUACGCCUAUGAAAAGUGAUUUUUUAAUUAAUUUACUUUUUUCAUUAUUUCUAUUAAUUUUUAUGCACUUUUUUAUUCACUUAUUAUUAUUAUUUUUACCUGUUAAUUGUAUGGGAAAAAUGAAAUAUGUGUCUGUUUUUUCUUGUUUGUCUGACCGAGGCGAGGCUGUCGCGCCCCAAAGCAAAAUUGUCGUACGUGCAUUAGGGGCGAAAAAAUGAGUAACAAAACAUGGUUAUUUCCUGUAUUCUUUAAAACAGACAUGAAAUUCUUUCAGAUUAGGUAAAAAAAAAAAAAAGUUAUUUGAGCUGUAAGAGUUUGUUAAAGGAAGUAAUCAUUUGUAUUAGAUGAAUUUUUCUGAAAAUCAGAAAAUAUGGAAUGAUUUGGAAGCCGUUCGUGUUUCAAGGCAAAUUUUCUGAAAACUUUAAAAUACUGAGCUUUCAUAGUUUGUAAAAGGGAGCCGGUCACUCGUGUUUUUUUUUUCUUUUAGUAAGUUUUCUAAAAGUCUAAAAAUAUUUAGAAAGUCACGGAAUAUUGAUUAGUGUGAAAGGAAAAGGAAGAAAAAAUUAAAAGAAACAGCGAUAUAUGAUUAAUUAUUUUAUCAAUUUUGUACGAACAUCUGAUGGAGUAACACGUAAUAGCGUUUCUUUAUAUAGUUAUUAAUUACCACAAGUUUUCAUUAGCUGUUUGUCAUUAAUUUUGCAAGUUGAGAACUAGAAUAAUUAGCUUGAAUAGAUGAUUGUUAUUGUUGUUGUUACUCAUUAUUAUUAUUAGCAUUUUAAUUUCAAUUUAUUUUUAUUUAUUGUUAUUAUUAUCAUCACUCUUCGUAAUCAUCUAUGAUAAUAAACUGUAGUCUGUA